UUUGAUUUUUGAUCCCCAAAUUAGGGUUCUUUGCAAGAAUUUUUCUCUCUUUCAUUUGAUUUCACUUUUAGCUUCUUCAGUUUUGUGAGAGGUUGUUGGAUUUGGUAGUAGAGCAUGUCUUUCUUUUGGAACUUGGUGUUAUAUGACUUCAGUGGUUUGAUUAGAUUUGGGUCUGAUUUGUUUCUCAAUGAGUUGGAUCCUUCACUGACCAAAGUUUAUCUAAGAACAGGGGAUUUGAUGUUGAUUUCUGCAACCAUACGUAUAAUGGGAUAAUGCCGGGUGGAUGUAGUCCCUAUGACAAACUCUUUGCAAAGGCUGGACUCCAUUGUUACAAUCUUGAAAAGGUUACUCUCUUAGAUGGACUAAUUCAGGAAGACAUAUCAAAGCUUGGGAACUCGUAAGUCCUUUCUUCAUUUUCUUGGAACUGAAAGGUAUCUGCAAGCUCUCUUACUCGAUUCAGCUAUUAGAUUACAUGAUUUGUACACCAGGUAAGCCUAAAUAUCUUUCGCAAGUACUGUGGACCUGUCGACAUUUGGCUGUCAAUUUUAUCCGCCAAUAAACAUCCAAGUAAUGUAAUCAUCAUAAACGAGCAGCCUUGGAAAAGCUUCAAAGCAAUGGCACAACACUUAAGCCAGUGGGUUUGUUAUGUCUCCACCAAAUAUGAUAUACUUACCUUUUUUUUUCUCUGACCUUGAUGAAUGUGAAUGGUUUGUGAUUCUGCAGGUUUCGGAAGCUUUUUGUUUCGUUUUCAAGCUACACAUACACGAAUACAUUUAAUAGAAUCAUUCUUUCAGUAUUAAUGUUUUUAUUAUGUUUUAUAUGUUUAAAAAUUAAUUAAAGGCAAUAUUUUCCUAUUUUAUAAAAUCUUAAAUGUUUAAACAUUUAUACUAUUUCUAUUCUAUUUAAAAAUUUUAAAUUUCAAAAAACUAUAUUUUCAGAAUUAAGAGUCCCAAAAUUAUAACCUACCAUUGUAAAAGAAAAUUUUAACUAAAAAUCAUGGGUUUUUAUUUUCAAAACAGUACACAAUUAAUUCAUAAAAAAAACUCAAACAGUAUAUAAGUACCCCAAUAUAUGAACCUCCCAUUAAUAUUGCUCUCAGCUCUUUUGGUAUAUAUUUACAUUUUUCUCAAUAUAUUGCCUUUUUCUUAUGUAAAAGGAGUAUAUUCAAAUCUUAUAUAUAUGCCUUGUGAAUAAAGAAUAAAAGAGCCUAAGGUGAAAAAACACGGAGCUUUCUGACUAAAUCCGGGGCUGAACGUGAAUUAGCAUAGGAAUCAUGUCAUCCACGGAUAUGAAACCCAAAUCCAAACCUGAUGAUAACCAAGUCAUUUCGCGGAAGGCAGUGAGAGAUCGAUUACAUGUGUUCAUGAAAGGAGGUGGUUGCGGAGAAUUAUUUACAGCUUGUAUAGGUGGUGAUAAGGCGAAAGAUAACCGGGAAGCCUGUUCGAUGCUGGAAAAAUGUAUGAAGGCUCGCUCUGAUUACUUUCAGCCGUUUUUCGCGUUGAGGAGAGAUGGCGAAGAACUGAUGGAGAGGGAGACCGAAGUCUUCCUCCAUGCAAAGCCAAAGGACAACACAUACACGCUGGUUGAAAAGUUCAUGACAGGCGGACCUUGCAAAGAAGCCUUUAUGGCUUGGAAUGACUUCCGCAAAGAAUGUAAGAAGACCGGGAGGUGUGAGAGAAGUUGUUUUAGUCCUACACCUGCUUUUAAAACCCUGGUCAAGUGUAUGGAGGCUGAUCGCUCUAAUCACUAUCACCCGUUUCUCGCGGUGUUCAAAACUGUUGAAGAACAUCUUAAAAAGGAGAUCAUGGGCUGGGCUACGAGGGAGCAAGCCGAUGCGAAGAAGGGUUAGAUUAAAAACAAUGAUGAGUUAAUUAUGUAACUUUUAUGCUUACUUUUUUUUUUUUUUUUUU